AUGGCAUCGCAGGCGAUCGAGGUGAACAGGGAGGGCGCGGAGGUGUACCGUGGUGCGGCGUUGUGCGCAGAGAAGGCGAUGGAGCUGCUGGCCGAGACCAACAUGCCGCUGGCGGACAUCGAGGAGGUCGGCUACAACCGCUCCACGGGUUUCGUGUGGCUGCGCCAGAGGAAGGCGCUCACGCACACCACCGAGGUGACGGCCUUGGUCGAGGACCGCAAGAUGAAGUGCAUCACGGGGGUCAAGAGCAAGGAGCCCCUCGUCUGGGUCACCGUCUGCGACAUGUACAUCGACAAGAACGACCACUCAAAGAUCACGUUCAAGACGCCCACCGGACUGGGAAGUGUUAGCAAAUAA